AGCAGGACAUGCGAGAGGAGACUGAGCUGCACAGGAACCGCGAAAUGAAGUUCAGAGAGUGAAGGAGAGUCUUGUCUCCAUGUCUGUGCUCGUUUGAUACAGGAGAUGGGCGGGGAGUGCCGGUGAGCAGACAAGCCAACGGAAACAUGGAGACAGCUUGUAAGGGUGAAGGGCAAGUGGCAACGCCAUCCAAAGAGACCUCAAGUGCUUUCUUGAACCUGGAUAAGAUUAUGUUCUUUGGUGGGUUCCACGAUAGAGAGAUGGAGCAGCAGUUGCGGAACGACCUUGACGACGACGCCCAGACUGAAAGCCAUGUGCGUCUGUGGGGUGUUGUCAUCAUGAGCAUCGACUGCUUUUCCAUGGUGUACCUGUUUGCUGUCUCCUGCGUUCAGACGUACCUCGCGCAAGACUGUAAGAGCGACUGGAGUUCACGGAUGGAGGUCUAUCUUAACGGGGCUCAGAGUGUCAUGUCAGCUGCCAGUCUUGUCUUUCUCACUUACGACAACAUUCCGACAAGGACGAGGUUCCGAGGUGUUCGGUGGCUUCUGAGAAUGAGGAACGUUGUGCUCAUCUUCUGUGCUCUUCAAGAACAGCUUUCUCGCGGGAAAGUGGAAUGGGCCUCGGGGCGCUACUUGCACAUCCACACCCUCGUUCAGGUGUUGUGCGGUCAUAUCAUAUGGAGGUCGCAACUGGAACACCAUGCAUGGAUCUUGUCCUUGAACUGGAUGAAACCUCUGCUCCGAGCCAUGUUUCACCUAGUGAUGUUCAAGACGGAGCUGCAGAGAACAGAUGCGUUGAUGUUCCUGAAGAAGAUCUUCUCCAAGCACGAGAAGGUUCCAAUGUCAGCGGACGACAUUUACGAGCUCGUAACCAUCGUGGGAUUCACGAUUUUAUCGUUCUUUGUGCUCCACCGCAGCCACAUGUCCGUGAGACGGAACUGGCUGCUAAUGUUCAACGAGCCCAGAAGAAUCAUCGGGGGAGUCGUGAAGAAUGCCGAGUCGAGCUGGUUGAACAACAUGCAGCACGCCAGCUUCAUGGAGCAAGAAGAUGAAUAUUACACGCCAGGAGAUGUAGAAGUGUUGAAAGGAAAGUGGCAAGCUCAAAGCUUCACGUACGGGAACAGCGGAUCUCCGACUGGAGCAGGCAGCAUGAAGCAUGGUGUCUACGGGGAGGAUUGGCACAUGACAGACGUAGUGCUGGGAUCCGGGACGUAUGGAUGUGUCUACAAGGGGCUGAGCAUAAAGACUGGGGAAGAGCUUGCGGUGAAGACAACGAUCGUCAAGAGGAAGAACCUUGCAAGCGGGAUGACUCAGCUAGAGCGCGAGCUCAAGAUGUUGGAGAGGUUCUCCCACAAGAACAUCGUGCAGUACAAGGGAGCUUGCUUCCGCGGCGACCAGCUCUACCUCUUCCUUGAGUUCUGCCAUGGCGGGAGGUGCCUGGAGGUCUGUGGAGCUUUCAACGAAACUCUAGCUCGUGCCUUCGCACGGGAUGUGACAGAGCGCAGAGACGUCAAGAGCGGCAACUGCCUCCUGUCGCACGAAGGGAUUUUGAAGCUCGCUGACUUCGGGGCGGCCCAGAGUGUAGGAGACGACGUGAAUCAAGAGCUUCAGGGGACUCCGGGGUACCUCGCGCCUGAGGUGAUGCGCAAGACGGGGAUGAUCAGACAGAGCGAUAUCUGGAGUUUGGGCGCGUGCGUGAUGGAGAUGUUGACGUUGGAGCUUCCGUUCGAGGACGCGGACAUAGAUCCGCAGGCCAUGCAGGUGACCACCGAUCCUCCGCUGCCCCCCAAUCUUGGGGAGGAGGCGAGGGAGUUCCUGCAGGCGUGUCUGCGGGUCGAUCCGAAGAAGAGGCUCAACACUCUGCAUCUCAAGAUGGUGAUGAGCUCGGAACCCUCGUUCGCUCCCCUCCCUCACCAGCUCUCCCCCAGCUCAAGUUCCUGCGCCUGCCCGACGACCCGCAAGUGGAGGAGAAGGAACGAAGAUCCGUCGUCGGGAAAGUUCUCCUUCGCAGCAACUCAGAUCACAAGAUGGAUGCAACUUCCCAGUGGCUGUCUACCGUCCUCGCUUCCUCCUGGAUCCCUGUCUUUCUCCGCUCCUGGCUCAUCCGCCUCCACCUCAUGGUCAUUCAGAUCGAGGGAUGGGACCGAGAAGACGCCAAGUUCGCCCUCGCCUUCCAGGAGAAUUUCCAGUACCAUUCCCUCUGCCAGACCAUUCGCGCCUUGAGAUACGCCCAACCUGUUUCCACCACCCUCGUCCUCCUCGACAAAUUUUCCAUGCCCUUCCCCGACAAGCUCUUCGAUCAAUGCGUCCUUCUCGUGUUCGCCUUGUUCCAGAUCCUCUGGGCCUACGUAGUCUGGACUUUCAGGGCCGAUGACAAGAACAAGUCUCAUUGGAAGUUCUACUACAAACUCCUUCUGUUCUUGAUCAGGAUGUCGGUCAUCACUACUCCAGUUGUCAUGUGGAACCAAGCCGACGCCUUCUCCAUCAUUCUGAUUCUCCUCUGCCCCAUCGUGGGCAACAUGUUCCCUACCAUCCUGGAGAGUUGGAUGUUCAUUACGAUGGUGGCAUCCUCCAGGCUCCUCAAGGCUUCCUUCGAGCUCCGAGAACUUCUGAAGCAAGAUGAAAGUCUGAAUCUCUUUGACACGCGAAUUCUCGAGGAAUACGUUCCAAGGAUCGGCGUGAUGCUCCUGACCUUCCUCUUGUCUGUUUUCAUCAUCAGGUCCGAGGCUGGAGGUUGGAGGAGAGGUCGCUCUUCCGCAAGAGGAUGUCCAAGCCUGCUUUCCGACGCAAGGCGCUGGACUGAUUCGCGUCAAGUUUAACUCUGAUGAGAAAGUGCAAGUGAACUAGGUUUGAUAGCCGCAGUAGCCUCCCGCCAGUCCAGUAGGGGGCCCGGGCCCGGCUCUCCCGGGAGUCCGCCGGGUCUCGGGCGCUGGCACUGCAGGCUCCGCCUCUAGUCAACGGUCACUCUGUACGGGCCGGGCUGACAUCUCUCUCGGAACGGCCUCGACGGCCAUGACGCCCGGCCGGGCCCGGCACACUCAGAGGGCCGGGGCCGGUUGUGUGCCGGGGCCCCGCCGGCCCGGUACGGGUCCGACGGUCAACGGUCCGACCCGGGCGGGUCGAUCGGACUCGGCGACUGGCAACAUUGAGUUGAGUAAAAGCAUUUGGUAAG